AUGGCGUUGCCCCAGAUCAAACCCAAGGAGUCCAAGGAAAGCAAUCUCGCCCUCAUGUCCAAGAUCCAUGUGUCCAAGAACUGGAAGCUGCCUCCAAGGCUCCCGCACCGAGCUGGCCAGAGAAGGAAGAGACCCCUCCCACCCCACGACGAGUACGAGUACGAGGGCGAGGGCGAGGGCGAGAGCACUGGGACUGGCAACGAGGAGCUCCAGAAAAAGAAACGCCAGAAUAGGGACGCCCAGAGAGCAUACAGAGAACGCAAAAAUAACAAGCUGCAAGCGCUCGAGGACACCAUAGAGUCUCUGAGCAAGGUCAUCAGAAACUACGAGUCGAAACUCUCCCGCCUGCAGCACGAGCUGCAAGACAGCAACUCCGAAAACCGUGCGCUGCAGUCGAAACUGGACGCCCUCACCUCGCGGCAGGCCUCCAUGCCCGCCCAGGACCCCAUUCUGCAGAACCUGAUCGAGAAUUUCAAACCAAUGAAGGCAAUACCCAUAAAAUACCAGCACCGCAACCGCAACCGCAACCGCAACCACCACCACGGGCCAAACGAGCUGCCCAACUCCGCGAAGUGCGGCUUUUGUAACGACAACUCCACCUGCGUGUGCAAAGAGCUGGAAACUGGCGCCGACAAAAAUGGCGCCGCGCUAAAGGAUUCCUCUCCGCCUCAUUCUCACUGCAACAAGGACAACUCCAGUGGGCUCUGCAGUAACUGCGCAAACAUCGACAAGUCUUGUAUCGACAUCCAGUCCAUUGUCCAUUGA